AUGGGUAACCCUAACUUUCCAUCCGACAUCAUACCUGAGAUUCUUUCAAGGCUACCAGUGAAGUCACUAUGCCGCUUCAGGUGUGUAUCAAAGUCAUGGCUUUCCUUAAUCGCCGACCCUGAUUUUGUCAAGAGGCAACUUAACAAAGCUAUUGAGAGCAAGGAUAUUUUCAACCAAAGACGAAGGCUUAUAUUUACUGAUGAGUCACACAGGUCACUUUUCUCUUUGGACCUCGAUGAAUUUCUCAAUCAUAAUGAUGCAAUUGAUAAUUAUCUUGAUAAAGAAUAUGAUAACCUUAUCAUUAACAUUGACGAUAACGAUGAUGUCGUAGCCACUGAGCUCGACUAUGUUUUUAGUGAACUGCCAAAUAAUUGGGCUUUCUUGGUGUUUCACUCCAAUGGCUUGUUGUUGUACCAGUUAUAUUCGGAUUUAUAUCUGGUUAACCCUGCAACAAGAGAAGCGUAUUAUUUCGACCUCUUUGGUUUUGGAUUUGAUCACUCCUCUGGUGAUUACAAGGUAUUGGAAGGUGGAAUUAUGUUCAGUGUCUACACAUUGAAAACUGGCUCUUGGCGAAAGAUUCAAACGCGAUAUCCCUACAAUAUCCCUACAAAUGUGACCUCAUGCGGAGGCCUUCAUUGGUUGUUGGAUAGAGUUGUAGUUGAACAUCGAUCGUUGAUUAUAUCUUUCGAUUUAGCAGAGGAGAAUGUCCAAGAAAUUCCACUACCUCUUGCUUCUAUUGAUGCUAAAGAUUAUCUUGUUGGCCUGCUUGUUGGGGCCUUUAGAGAUUGCUUAUGUGUAACAAUGCACAAUGAGUUUUGGAUCAUGAAAGAAUAUGGCGUGAGGGUGUCUUGGACUAAAGUAAGGAUCUCCAUCCCAUAUUAUAUAUUACGACACUCUGGUUUCUGGAAGAAAAGUCAUGAUCUCUUGGAUUUCAGGGACCGAUUGGUUUUGUGCAAUUGUAAUGAUGAAAGAUUUCGGAAUCUUUCAAUCUCCGGAUUACCCAAAGUUAAUGAAGUUGGGAUUUACUUGGAGAGCCUUGUUUCGCCUACCCAAGCUCCAACAUUCCCCCUCAAAAACCACAAAAUUUCUUGUUCUCUCAACCUCACUACCUCAAACCCUAACGCCAAGCUCCCCAACCCUCAACCCCCACCUUCUUCCGUGUUCCACCUCCUGCUAAUGGGUGACCCUGACUUUACAUCCGACAUCAUACUUGAGAAUCUUUCCAGGCUACCAGUGAAGUUAUUAUGCCGCUUCAGGUGUGUAUCAAAGUCGUGGCGUUCUUUAAUGGCCGACCCUGAUUUCGUCAAGAUUCACCUUAACAAAGCUAUUGAGAAUGAGGAUAUUUUCAACCAAAGACGAAGGCUUAUAUUUACUGACCUCUCAACCAGUGCCACUGAUCUCCACCAUAUUUGUAAACUGCCAAGUUAUUGGGUUUUCUUGUUGUUUCACUCCAAUGGCUUAUUGUUGUGCAUGUUACAUAACGGCGGUUUCUAUCUGGUUAACCCCGCAACAAGAGAAUCCAAGAAACUUGCAGAGAUACUAGAUGUCGGAAAAAGGUGGAACUAUGUCAGUGUCUACACGUUGAAAACUGGCUCUUGGCGAAUGAUUCAAAGGCGAUAUCCCUACAAAUUUGACCGCAUGCAGAAAGGGGUACUUCUGAAUGGAGCCCUUCAUUGGUUGUUGAUGGACAGAGUUGGAGUUGAACAUCGGUCAUCGGUGAUUAUAUCUUUCAAUUUAGCGGAGGAGAAUGUCCGAGAAAUUCCACUACCACUUGCUUCUAUUGAUACGAGAGAUUAUAUUGUUGGGGCCUUCAGAGAUUGCUUAUGUUUAAUACAUAGUGGUGCUGAUGGAGGAAUGCACAAUGAGUUUUGGAUCAUGAAAGAAUAUGGCGUGAGGGAGUCUUGGACUAAAAUAAGGAGCCCCAUCCCAUAUUCUGCAUUACGACACUCAGGUUUCUGGAAGAAAAGUCAUGAUCUCUUGGUGUUCAGGGACCGAUUGCUUUUGUGCAAUUCAAAUGGUCCAAGAUUUCGGAAUAUUUCGAUCUCCGGAUUACCUGAAGUUAAAGAAGUUGGGAUUUACUUGGAGAGCCUUGUUUACCUGAAUAAUAAUGUUGACUGAGGACAAUGUUUAAGUACGUAGGAUAUAGAGGAAGAUGUUAAGAAGAUGAACUCACUUCAUCUGUAUCUAUGGCUCCAAAACAUGGAAUUGUCAUUUAUCUCUACUAUUUUCUUCGUAUUCAA